AUGUGGAUUAGGUUUAUUGGAUUGGAUAUUAAAUACUGGGGGCAAGCUGCACUCACAAAAUUGGCAGGGCUAGUAGGAAAACCAUUGAAGGCUGAUCGUGCUACAACACAGAAGGAGAGGCUGACUUUUGCAAGAGUUUUGGUGGAGGUUAAACCUCACCAGAGUUAUCCUAACACUAUCAUGUUUGAGGAUGAAAAAGGCAGAAUAGUGGAGCAGGAGGUUUUCUAUGAAUGGAAGCCAACUUUGUGUGAGAAAUGCAAGAAUUUUGGGCAUGAAAUGAAUGAAUGCAGGAGAUUCAUCAAAGAGGAGAAAGAGAAACAAGCUAGCAAGAAGACUGGUAAUGAACCAAACAUAGAGAAUCAGCAACAAAAGGAAAAGCAGGAGGGUAAGGAGCAAUGCAAAAAUGUGCAGGUAGCACAACAGGAGCAGGGGCAGAUAGCUAGAAGCAAUAAGGGGAAUGAAGGAUCCACAAAAACAAAUGAUGUGGCAACAACAUCAAGGAGUUGGCAGAAUAUAGUGAGAGGGAAAAUAAGGGAAAGGAAGCAACAAGGGGACAUAAGAACAGGGAAUCCCUUUGCCACAUUAGGUGAACAACAACAGGAGAACACAGACGAAAACAGCAGGAAGGGGGAGGUGAUUAUAACAGAAAAAAGAAAAGGGAGUGAGAUGGCCCUGGGAAAAGGGCAGGAUGGGGGCAACCCCUCAUCCAAUGGAUAG